AACACUGUCCACUUUCUGUUCUCCCUGAGUGGCUAGUUCCUAUUUCACUUCAUUUCUUUCUCUUUAAGUUGACUUGUGUGGCAUACACGUUUCGUGUCUUGAAGACUUAAAAAUGCGUUACGUGGCUGCUUAUCUUUUGGCCGUUUUGGGCGGAAAAACUUCCCCAUCUGCUGCUGAUCUUGAAAAAAUUUUAGGAUCUGUAGGAAUUGAAGCUGAAGGAGAACGGCUGAAAAAGGUCAUUGCUGAACUAGGUGGAAAAUCUAUUGAUGAACUCAUCGCCCAAGGACGUGAGAAAUUGAGCUCCAUGCCAGCUGGAGGAGCUGCUCCUGCUGCUGCAGCAGCUUCUGCAGCACCAGCAGCCGCCGAAGAAAAGAAAGAAUCCAAGAAAGAAGAGAAAAAAGAGGAAUCAGAAUCAGAAGAUGACGACAUGGGUUUUGGUUUAUUCGACUAAAAAUGUACAUUUGUAUCGUUAAGAUUCCAAUUUUUUUUUAAGUAAAACUAAAAAUUAAUGUACA